CUGGCAUCAACUAACCCGUCUAGCCGAUUUCUCUUUUAGUGGCGAGAGGUCAACAACAAUGAACUUCGAGAAUUCGUAGAAUUUUCAUCAAGUUAUAUGACUAAAUGUACUCCACCAGUUCUGGGCAAGAGCCAAUCGAGCGCGGGCGUUCCGGCGAUCGGUCAGGAGAUAUAAAAGAGCUCGCCACAUGGAACAGUGAUUACAGUUUAUUUCAACGCAAGAAUCGAAACGCCGCGAGUAGACUCAACGCGAUAUAAGAAAAAGAAGAAAGAAAACCAUACAGAAAGAUAGAAAGAGAGAGAGGAAGAGAAAGAUAGAGAGAGACAAAGAGAGAGAGAGAGAGAGAAAGAAAAAAAUACCUAGUCACGUUGACGUUGCGUUUUUCCUAAACGCGAGCGCUCGAGAAAGAGAAAGAAAAAGAAGUAAAACCUUCUGUUUUAUCACAAACACGAUAAACUAGACACGUCAGGUGUAGACAUAGAGAAAGGAGGAUGAAAAACGUGUGGGGGUUGUACUGGUACGUUCUCUGUGUCGCCAUUGUUCGCGUUUCAACAUAUUCUGUGAAUAAAAAUAACCAAACACAAUCUGAUCUUGAAGCUUUUUCUACCGAUUAUAUCAUCAAAGAUUUGUCACCAGUUAAAUUUGUUGGUGUGGAUAGAAGUCUGGAAAAUUUCGAUGAUGAGCCAAUCCAAAGAAAAAAUGCAAAAGAACCUUUAAUUUUGGAACCUGACGCAGAAAUGUUACCACCUAAUUACAAAGGUGUUAUACCACCUGGCGUUGAUCACAUGGAACUUGUUCUUGGUGAACCACAAGUAAUGGCUACCGAUUCGAAGGCUAUUAAAUACAUGUUUUCAAAUCAAGGAGUAAGGAAUGAAAAGGGUCGUAAGAAAACGGUUAAAUUUGAAAAGAGCUUAAAGGGUGAGAAAGAAAACGAGAAACAGAAGAAAGAUUAUGCCGAAGCGGUUGGCAAAAAGAAAGCACAUACCGUCAUUAAAAACAAUUUUAGUGGUCGAAAGGAUCAGGCAUUCAACGAGAAAGGUGGAAGCUAUGAGAUUGAAGGUAAUCGCAAUAAAGGUCACAACGCUGCUGGCUUCCACAAUGUUUAUCAUAAAGACGAAUACAAAAAAGAUGCCAAUUUUUAUGACAACGAUCAUCAAGGUGGACAGUUCAAGAAACACGGAAGAUAUGGCGAGAAGCACGAUUCUCUCGAACGUUCCUACAAGAAAGGCUUAGGUCACGAUUCAGCGUUCGAUUUGGCUGAAGCCAAAAAAGAAGGAAAAUCGAAGAAGUCUCGGGUCAAUGAAGAAACCCAAGGUCAUGUUGCUGCGCAAGGCUACGAUGGCUUCUUUCAUAAUCUUGAUGAAUUCGUUAAAAAAGUAGGACUUGCUAAGGAUUAAAAGUACUCACUGAUAGACAUGGAUGCAUUUUAAUAAGGUGUAUUCUAUUAUUGUUGUAUACAUGAUUAAAGAUCGUAGACUCAAGUAUUAUUGUUUAUUAAAGAGAUUUAUAUUUAUUUAUUACACGUUGCUAGAUAACAUUUACAUCUUAAUUAAUGAAAUGAUAAAUCUUUAAAAUAUGUGUUCUAAUUCUUCUCGUUCGAUAACGAUAAGUUACAAAAAAUGUAUUUUAUAGCAUUUACGUAUACUGUAAACGAUUAGAAUAUUUGUAGACGAUACAUGUAUUGCACGUAUAAAGAUUAGAAAGAUAUUAUAA